AUGGUGGGCUCCAGCGCACAAGAAACAACAAAAAGAAUAGACUUUAGUGACACUCAGACCAGACUGAUUCUACAGAUUCUCAUUUACGGAGUCAUCCCGUCCGUGUCUGUCCUGGGGAUCUUCGGCAACAUGUCCAGCAUCUGGGUGCUGGCCAGGCGUGGCAUGCAGAAGUGUGCCAACAUCAUGCUCAUAUCUCUGGCUCUGAGUGACAUGAACUUUCUGAUCGGGCUGAACAGCAUCCCCAGGCUUAUCUACGACGUCAUCGGCGACAUGGACAGGUUCGCCUACAGCUACGCCCUAUCUUACGCCCUCUACAUCUUCUACAACCUCUUCCAUAUCGUGAACUACGCGUCCCUGGGUGUGUCCUUGACCCUGCCCAUGUUCAUCACGCUGGAGAGGCUCGUGGCUGUUUUCGCGCCGUUUCACAUUCAGCACGUCAUCACUCCGUUCCGGACUUGGCUGGCUAUCGGACUGGUCAACGUGUUCUGGUACGCCUUCUUCAUCCAUAUGUCCUUCUAUCUGACCUUCACCUACGAGUAUAACACGGCGCUGAACGUCACUGUUGGCUUUAUCGGCAGGUCCAAUUACCACUACGCCAACUUGAGGACCGUCCUGGCCCUGGAAGAGAUCAUGUCUUACCUUAUGAUGAAGAUCCCGCCCGUCUUCACCCUCGUGGGCUGCGUCUGCAUCGGGGUCAAGGUCAAGAUGGCGUCCAUCUCGAGGCUGAGGCUGACUUCCGGGUACGCCGCGGACGAGUUCCCGGGGCGCACGACCAAGAUUCUCCUGGCGGUGUGCGUGGUGUACACCGUCACGUGCGGGAUCCUGUCCCUCCCCGUGCACAUCCCUCAGUACAUGUACUACACCAUGACCAGCGACGCCCCGUCCAACUUCAGCAAGAUCAUGUACCACGUGAUGAAUCUAGUCGUCUGCUUCAACUGUUCCUGCAACUUUGUCCUGUACGUUGGGCUCAACAAAAACUUCCGGGAGACUUAUAAGAAGUUAUUGUGGCGAUGCUGGCAAAGAAAGCAAAACAAGUCGUGUGCAAUAUAG